CUGCAGUUUGUAAGCCACGCCCACAUACCUGCGAGAACCAGGAAACCACUUUACGAAGACCAGACGAGACCAAAAUACCCCAAAUUCGUCUCAUUGAAACCCACAUCGCCCUCUGCACCCUUCACGUCCACCUUUACCUCUCGGAUAUAUCAGCUGUGGUCUCAUAAACAAGCGGGAACAGACGGAGUUUCACCUGGGAGCAGCCUGGCACUGACCAGACCAGCACUGACCUGCUCAAGUCCGGCCGCAAGUUCCGCUGGUCCAGAGAAGCCCAGUACUUGUAUCUACGCCGCCUCUCUUCACGCAGCUACUCGGCUAUUAUGAUGAACCCGGUCAUGGAAGAGACCGUGUGGGAGCAGUACACCGUGACCCUGCAGAGGGAUUCAAAGAUGGGCUUCGGCAUCGCAGUGUCAGGGGGGCGAGACAACCCGAACGAGGAGAGUGGCGAGACGUCCAUAGUGGUGUCCGACGUCCUGCAGGGAGGACCUGCUGAUGGCUUGUUGUUUGAGAAUGACCGAGUGAUGCAGGUGAACGCCACCCCCAUGGAGGGAGCCCUCCACUCCUUCGCUGUCCAGACCCUCAGGAAGUGUGGCAAAGUAGCAAAAAUUACGGUCAAGAGACCCAGGAAGGUUCCAGUCAAUCUGUUGAAUCGUCCUCCAUCACCUGAUGACAGAGUCUUCAACAACGACUACAAUGACGAUUACAACUACGACCAGGACCGCCGCAGUGUGUACAGCGGCCGAAGCGGAGGUGGGCGGGACCCCAGCCUGGAGAGGGAGCGAGGUGGGGGAGGCUACAUGGAUUCUGGCUACCACACACGUGAGCGCGACUACGACAGGGACUAUGACCGGCGGGAGCGUGGCAGGAGCAUGGAGAGAGACCUGAGCCCGGACCGGCAGUACAGGAGAGAUGGCAGCAGAGGUCGCACCUUGGACAGAGAACGCAGCCCGGAACGCCAUCUAAGGAGCGACCGCAUGCUGGACCGCGACUACAGCCCAGACAGGAGGUACCGCAGCGAGCGCGCAUUAGACAGAGAACACAGUCCUGACCGGCGCUACCGCAGCGAGCGAGCCCUCGACCGGGACUACAGUCCGGACAGACGCUUCCGCAGCGAGCGAACGCUGGACCGCACCAACAGCCCGGACCUGCGCUACAGACAUGACAGCCACAGCCCGGGGCGAGGCCGUGGACGUGACCACAGCUUCGAACGAGGACGUGAACGCAUCCCCAGUGACCCAAGGAAGUAUGAGGAGCCGAUGAAGCGGAGUGGGAGCAGAGAUCGUUUGGAACGCUCGCCAUCACCUGCUGCCAUGCCCAUCCCUCUGCCCCGCCCCGCGCGAGACCUGGAGCCACUGGAGAAACCCCUGAAUGUGUUGCUGCUGAAGAACCGCCCCAACGAAGAGUAUGGCCUUCGUCUGGGCAGCCAGCUCUUCAUCAAAGAGAUGACCAGCACAGGACUCGCCAGCAGAGAUGGAAACCUGCAGGAAGGGGACAUUAUAUUAAAGAUUAACGGUACAGUGACAGAAAACCUGUCACUCAGCGACGCAGGGAAGCUGAUCGAGAAGUCUCGUGGGAAGCUGCAGCUGGUGGUGCAGAGAGACAAACGGCAGGUGCUGAUCCGAGUCCCUCCGAUGGUCGACAGCGACUCGGAGCUCGAUGAUAUCUCUGAGAUCGAGUCAUACCGCUCCUACUCUCCACAGGAUGACAGGCGGGGCCACCACUCUGACCUCUCCUCUCACUCCUCCAAUGAGAGGCUAAGAGAGAAGCCCAGAGAGGAUCCACCUAACAGGCUGGCAAAAAUGGGUGCUAUGCCAACACCAUUCAGACCUCCAGACAGAACUGUAGAAGAUGUGCCCCCGUUGCAGGCAGAGAGGGAGGACCCACGACCAGAAACACCACCAGUACCAGCAGUCACUGUAGCCCCGAGAGUACAUGCUCCUCCUAAGGUGCCAUUAAAGCCAAGUAUAGAGGACCAGGAGAUAUAUGGGCCGAACACAGUGAUGGUGCAUUUCCAGAAAGGUGACAGCGUGGGUCUGAGGCUGGCAGGGGGAAAUGAUGUCGGCAUCUUCAUCGCUGGUGUUCAGGAGGACAGUGCUGCUGAGCAGGAGGGUCUCCGCACAGGAGACCAGAUCAUGAAGGUGAACAACAUGGACUUCAGAGGCAUGGUACGUGAAGAUGCUGUCCUCUACCUUCUGGAGAUUCCCAAAGGAGAAGAUGUUACCAUUCUUGCUCAAAGCAAACCUGAAGUCUACAAGGACAUUCUAGCAUCUGGCAGAGGCGACUCUUUCUUCAUCAGGACCCACUUUGAGUAUGAGAAGGAGGCUCCGCAGAGCCUUCCUUUCACCAGAGGAGAGAUCUUCAAAGUGACGGACACACUUUAUGAUGGCAAACUGGGCAACUGGCUGGCAAUCCGCUCUGACAAAGACAAUCAGCUGCUGGAGAAAGGAAUCAUUCCCAACAAGAGCAGGGCAGAGCAAAUGGCCAACGUUCAGAAUGCAGCUCGGGCAGCAUCAGGCAACGACAGAGGAGACUUUUGGAGGCUAAGAGGUCAAAGGGCAGCGAAGAAGAAAGAUUUGCGCAAGAGCCGAGAGGACCUGAGCGCUGCUCCAGUUACCACAAGAUUCCCUGCAUAUGAGAGAGUGGUCUUACGUGAAGCUGGUUUCAAGAGACCUGUGGUGAUAUUUGGGCCCAUUUCCGAUGCAGUAAAUGAAAAACUGGGCAACGACAUGCCGAAUGAGUUUGUUGUCGCCAAAACGGAGCCCAAGGAUGCAGGAAGUGAGAAAUCCUCUGGAGUGGUGAGACUAAACACCAUCAGACAAAUCAUUGAGCAGGACCGUCAUGCUCUGCUGGAUGUGACACCCAAAGCUGUGGACACUCUAAACUACACCCAGUGGUAUCCCAUUGUCAUCUUCCUGAACCCAGACAGCAAGCAAGGCAUCAAGACCAUGAGGAGCCGCCUCGUACCCGGAUCCAACCGCAGUGCUCGCAAACUGUAUGAGCAGGCCGUCAAGCUGAGGAAGACCUGCUCACACCUUUUCACUGCAACAAUCGACCUGAAUUCAGCCAAUGACGCAUGGUAUGGCAGCGUGAAGGAUUCAAUUCGGGAGCAGCAGGACAGAGCUGUGUGGGUGUGUGAGGGCAAGUUGGAUGGUUCAGAGGAGGACCUGGAUCUCCAUGAUGACCGCAUGUCCUACCUAUCAGCAAUGAGUGCAGACUACCUGAGCAUGGACAGCCGCCUGACCAGCGACUACGAUGACACAGCAGACGAGGGUGGGGCUUACACUGACAAUGAGCUGGACGAGACAUUGGACGAGCCCCAGCCAGUGUCGGCUAUCAGUCGAUCAUCAGAGCCUGUACUGCCAGAUGAGAAGCCUCAUCCUGAACCCCGGGCUCAUAUGAGGAGGUCAGGGAGCAGAGAGAUGCUGAACAGAGAGCCCAGCCCUCCCCCUGCUUUUGUCCCCGAACCCCCAAAGGUGCGGGCUCAGACUCGGACUGACUCAUCCCGAAGCUAUGACUCACACUCCAGCAGCACCAUCAGCAGCGAUGCAGCCGGCGUAAACAAGCCGCUACCCCCUCCUGUAGCCCUGAAGCCCACCAUCCCCCGUCCGAUCCAGCCAUCAGAGGAGCAGAGCCCGGAGGAGGACCCCUCCAGCAAAUCCUUCCUGGGCAAGAUCAAAGCUUUUGAGAAGAUGGACCACCUGGCCCGAGCACAGAGGAUCCUGGAGCUGCAGGAGGCAGAAAAUGCUCGAUUGGAAAUCGCCCAGAAGCAUCCAGACAUCUAUGCCGUCCCAGUGAAACUGCCAAAACCCAACCUUAACCGUCCUCAGCCAAUAGGUUCAAGCUCCAAUCCCGAGCAGCAGACUCCCUUCAGGCCACCGUACUCAGAGUCCAGAGGAUACGAGGACGAUGAGGCAGAGUACCGCAGACAGCUCGCCGACCAGACAAAGAAAGGAUACUACAAUCCUCAGAAAUACAAUGACACUGAGCUGUAGGCUGAGAAGUCAGUAAGUGACAUCACCACUGCACACGGCUGGAUUCCUCUCGCGUCACCGCCACAAGCAGACAGCAUUUGUUGCCUUGGUAAUCGCUCAUGCAGCUUUGCCUCCAUGUAAACUCACAGAACUUUGUAGUCAGAUUCCAGGAAAAAUGUCAAUGAUAUCAGAUACUUUUAAAUACUGUUGUCUCACUACUCUGCAAAUGUCCUACUGAUCCAGAUGACACAGAAUAUUCUUAUAAAGAGUGUAUUUUGGAAAGUUUACCUUCACACAAAAGAAAAAUGGCUGAUUUUUCUGACAUACCAUAUCACAGACAUGAUGUUUUUAAUGUGUAUAUAUUCUUUUUGUGUCUGAAGAGGUUUUAUUUUCCACCACUACACUAACAUCUAGCCCCGUUUUUGUCUCAUGAAUUACCAUUGCAUUGCGUCACCAAACCACCAAGUUUUUCUGAAAAAUAUAUAUAUUAGAUAUGAUUUUUGAAAAGACCUUUUUUAAGCUCUUGUUGUCGUUGUUGUAUUUUUGAAGGUAUUUCCCGGAUGCUCAUAUUGCCAGCUGUUCCAGCUACCGUCUUUGUUUCAAUCAGGAAAGAGUCUGAGCAUUUUGGGAAUACCUUUUAGAACUUUUGUAGGCGCCAUCUUGGGUUUCUCAGAGGUCGCCAGGUCGAUGUUUUUCAGAAAAACCAAACCUCUGUUACUGGACUGUACUGGUAAGGGAGAAGGCAGAAACUGGAGCUAACACCGUGCUGCAACCAAACCAUCGAUAUGAUACUGUAGACUGUGUACAGUAUCUAGAUUUUACAUCCUAUUUCGUGCAUUUUUUUGUGUGUGUGCCACUGAUGUAAUAACCCUUCACAUUGUUGACUGGCUCGUUUGAGGCACACUCAUACAAGGACAAUGUAAAAAUCAGACAGUGUGUCAGUACAGGUGUCAGCAGCUGCGCUGAUGUCGAAUAGGUGUUAGUCUUCCUCUUGUUAUCACUCUCCUACCAAGUCAAGAUUUAUUAUACCUCUCUACAUUCCUGAUUGGACAUUUGUAUGUAUACACUGUGUAAUAUGUGUGCAAUCUGGGAAGCGGCAUAUUUUCAAGUGCCUUGUAGCUCUGAUGUAAGCUCGACAGCACGAGGUUCUUAAAUUGACAAGACCUCACUUUUUCAUACUCAUGAGUUAAAAAAUUACAACAUAUGGAAGUCAAAAUUACAACAUGAGGCCCUGAUCACACGGGAUGCAUUUUGCAGGCUGCAAAACACGAGGCGCGCCACACAAAAAUGAAAUGCCUGCUGCGCCUUUUUGUUGCUGCCAGGCAACCACCCCAUCACCUCCUAACAUUCCCAUGUACUCAAUAUACUGUUUAUUUAUUUUAUUUAUUUGACAGUAAUUCGUAUCUAGUCCCUAAAAUGUUCACGCAGAGGGUACCUGCUGUAGCUCUGGUUGAGGGUAUCAGUAAAUGGUUUGUUGGACACAGGGAAACAGAGACCCUAAAAAUGAGGGUAGGCCACAGGGAGUACCACCAGUUGGUCCAGGAGCUUCGCCUCAAUUAUGUCCGUCUCCAGGCAUGUUUUACGAUGACUCGGGGGCAGUUUGUCAACCUGCUGUCUAUGAUCAGGCCGUAUAGCUCUGUGUAUCCAGCAACUGCUCUGGCAAAAAACGCCAGGCGCUUAGAGCGCAGAAACGCAAGGCGCGUACUUACAUAAAAACCCCACGCAAAAAUAUUUAUUCUUAUUAAAUCAAUUGCAAAAGGCACCUCCAGCUGCUAAAACACAUCCUGUGUGAUCAGGGCCAAACUUGUCCAGUCAAUGCAGUGCACUUCCAUAAAGUAGGGAGACUGUGUAGGUGUAUGUAAAGCAUUUCUGUAUUUAAGUCAGCUGAACAGGCGGACCAGAUAAAUGACGUCACAGAUUUCACUGUUAAAAUAUAUCAUGAACAGGAUGUUCAGAUGAUGGUGUGAGUAAUUAAAGGUCUGAUGUGUAGGAUUUAGUGGUAUCUAGUGGUGAGGUUGCAGAACUCAAACUUCUCCCACAUGCCAAGCGUGCAGGAGAACUACGGUGAUUGAUGUGAAAACACAAAUGGCCCUAUCUAGAGCCAGUGUUUGAUGUGUCUGUUCGGGGCUACUGUAAAACAACAUGGCGGACUUAGUAGGAAAGGACCCGCUCCAUAUGUAGAUAUAAUAUCAUUCUAAGGUACAAAAACAAAAAUAAAAAUACAAUGGUUCUUAUUUCCAGGUUAUGAAUAUUAUAUACCAUUUCAGCCAAUAGAUGCCCCUAAAUGCUACACACUGGACCUUUAAGAUUUGAGCUGGGUUUAAGGGGUUGAGCACAGCAUAAAGCUGAUGUAUGUUUGUCUUUAUUAUCUGCUUGCAACCAGAGACAAUCAUAUUGUUGUUGCAUUUAUGUUUUUAUACUGAAUAUACACAGAACUCAGUCAAGUCUUUGUACACGGGAGCAUCUGGAAUGUGGUGACGGCAAUCUGUUUCUUUUAAAUGUAGGUUAGUUUGUGAUUUUGCUUCUUUUUUUAUAGUUUGUGAUCUCCAUAGUGUUACAGAACAGACUCUUGGUAAAUUCAAAUAAAUAAAUCUCUUUUUUAACA